UCCUCAAGUAAAAACCGUCGUGGGAAUAAUCAAAGUUCCCCGCUCAACGUCGCAUAUCGUCCGUCUGAUAUACAACGAAAGGACUUCACAAUGUUCAGCCAGCUGCUUCUCCUCUCCGCAUCCCUGGCGGCAACUCUCCCUCUAGCGGCCGCAGCCCCGGCCCCGGCCAACCCCUCUCCGGCGUCUCCCAACCGCAUCCCGAGCCGGACGACGACCUCCCCGCGCAUCACGCACAGCGUGGUCGCCGGCCGCCCGGGCCUGCGCUUCGACCCGGAGAACAUCGUGGCCGAGGUGGGCGACAUCGUCGAGUUCCACUUCCUCCCGAGGAACCACUCGGUCGUCGAGGCGUCCUUCGACGCGCCCUGCGUGCCCCGCGACGACAGCGCUCCGGGAUCCCCGACGGCCUUCUUCUCCGGCUUCUUCCCCGUCUCGCCCAACCCGGACGGCUCGGUCGCCCAGUCGCCCGAGGUGUUCCAGAUCGAGGUCCGCGACGACAAGCCCAUCUGGUUCUACUGCGCCCAGAACAACGGCCGCCACUGCCAGAACGGCAUGGUCGGUGCCAUCAACCAGCGCUUCGAUACCCCGAACACCCUCGAGGCCUUCCGCCGGGCCGCCGCCGCCGUCCCGGGCGACUCCGGCGUCCUCCCGCAGGUCCAGGGCGGCUGGAGGGGGCCGAACCCGAACCCCAACGGCGGUUUUUGAUGGAAGAUGAAGGUGUUUGAUGAGACGACGCACUUGGUCCAUGUUACGGCCAGAGAGGAGGGAGGGUUUGGUGUCUAGAGUGGUAGCGAUUUUUUUUUUCCUUUUCUUUCCUAGAGAUUUUGAUUUCGCCACGGGUACACAAUGAGCACCGUUUCGUGAGAGAUCGCGGAGACACUCCUUUUGAAGAUAGAGACAUAUAUCCAUAUCACGCCGUGGGUAUCUUACACCGGGAUAGACAGGUUGACAACCCGCAAGUGUAACCAUGAUUGCGUUCGGGCCUUCUCCGUUAGUCCCUCGAACAGUCAUCAUCGUCGCGAUAGGUAGAUGGUUGAUGAUAUUCAGUGGGAAUCUAUUGUGAUGGCAGGUUGUCUAUCUCAGCUAGCCAGCAUAACCAGAACCAGGCUCUCUACAUUUAAUAAUUAACGGUUGGAGAUGUCGUACCUUGGCGUAUAACCGCAUGUUGAAAUCUCUUCGGUUUAAGUGUUCUAAUUCAAACUGAUGGCCCCUGGAACAUUGGAUCCAGAGUACUAAUUAAUUUCGUUUGCGCCAG